AUAUUUAACAGGACAGUUUUUGGGUUGACAUGGCUGAGGACCAGACAUGAGGAAGAAGCAGCAUUGUUGACAUGUAUCUACUGUGUGUGACACUAGUUGCUCAUCCACACACACAUUGGACUGAGGGCCUUCCGGCGUUGAAUGAUGGUGGUUCAUAUGUUGGUGCUGCUACUCUCGUGCUGGAUCCAAGCAGCUGGAGCCCAGUUGAAGCUGUCACCUGAAACACGGACUGUCCUGCGAGGGCAGGAAGCUCGGUUUACCUGCAGCACCUACAACCCCCGGUGGACCGUUAUGUUGUGGCUGCUGAACGGCAAAGCGGCGCUCACCAUCUCGAAGGUGCACGGUGUCCUGCCGUCCACCAUAUCUAAUGUGACAGCUGAGCCAGUCUCCGGCUCCAAGGGAGACAGCUGGGUGUUUGUCCUGAAUAGCACAGAGAGGUACAACCAGGGACAAGUGACCUGUGACCUUCAGGGCAUCGACAGGAAAACAGCAGACCUCUUCGUACAAGAAAAGGGCAUCAUCAAAGUCUCAGGGGACAACAUGUUGGCUUUCAAGGGGCAGUCAGUGAUAUUUGAAUGCCAAGCAGCAGGAUGGUACCCUGAACCCAGUCUGUACUGGCAGGUGAAUGACAAGAAGGUGAGCCAGGCUGAUUACAACAUCAGCAGUGAAGAGUCGGGGAAGAGCCUCUUCACUGUGAGCAGCAACCUCAGUGUGAUGGCGGCAAAGAGCUCUCGUGUGGAAUGUCUGGUCUUCGUGUCUGCCCUCGUCACGCCACUGAAGAGCGGCGUCCGUCUGACAGUGGUUGCAGAGGUGGUGCAGGAAGAUGAUGACUGCACGGUCCUGCUGGCGGUGACUGCCACCCUCUCUGCUCUUCUGCUGCUCCUCCUGCUCGGCAUCUGCAUUGUCCUCUGGUACAGACAGAGGAGACGAGCAAAUCCAAGCCCACAGGAGCCUGCAUGGUUCGACCAAUCAGCGGUUGGGAGAGGACCGGUUGCUGAGGUGACGAAGGGGAAGGUCAACUUGGGAUAUUCUAAUGAGAACCCCACAGAUGCAGAUUACAGUGAGCUAAUCAUGGAAAUUCGUAGAAAGAUGGACUUUGCCAGCUUUCACAAGGUCCCUGAUGUCGUGCACUCCAGCAGCACGUCUCUGCACAGUGAGAGCCAAGGCCAGGCGAGUACGUCAGAGGAAAACCCUGUGAAUGUCAGGAGGAUUACCACAGUUUGAAUAUAUUUUAUUAUGAUGUAAUAAAUAUGGUGUCAAUGAAUAAAGCAUUUUUAGAUUAUUAAGAUUAACCAUAUUCACAACUGGACAAUUCACCAGUGUUUGUAUGGUUAUACUUUUUGUAAAGCUUAAGGUUAAUACUAAAUGAAUACAGCAUACAGAUUUUAUGAAGCUAUAUCUUUUGUAUUUUCCAGUGAAUUGUUUGUAA